AUGAUGUCCCUCUCAGAGCGGCAACUUGUUGCGAACAGACACCCGUGGACGCUGCCCCAACUCACCGAGAUAGACGAGCUCAUGCAGCCCAUCACUCGGAGACCACCAGGGGACGCAUGCAGAUCAACAGCCUUGACGCUGGGCAGAGCGGAACUCUCAAGACAGAAGAAUCACUACUACGAGGAAGCCUUCUCAGGCCGGUGCGUUUUGGACACAUUCCGUGAGAGAAUAAAGAGUGACUCGAUGGUCGUGGCCGAGUUGAAGACAAAUGUCAUCAUUGGGGAUGAAUUUAUCUUCAUCACCGAAUUAAGCGCCAAGGUUGCCGAGCGUUACCGAAGGCCUCUAUCCUCCAUCGCCGUACAAGUCCAGCACUCUGCUUGCAUCUUCUUUGCCGGCACAUUUGAGCCCGCCUACACCCUGACACUGUCAGCUCUGGCCCCAUACGUCCAAACCAGCACGAACCAGCGCAAUGCCCACUUGCUAUCAGAGCAUCUCGAGGAAGCUCUUGGGGUACCUCCACCAAGGGGCUUGAUACGAUUUGUCGCUAUGCAGGAUGAGAACAUAGCCCUUAAUGGGAAAACUUUGGCGCAGUCUUUGGAUGAGGAAGCUAAUGGUGGCGCUGCUAUGGGCGUUAUUGACGAGGAACCACCAGCGAGAUUCGCGAGGAGGAAGAGAUUGAGUGUCAAGUCUCUUUCAAAUAUCAAGGCGUCGCCUUUGGCUGAUGAGAUCACGCCUCCCACGAGUGCGGAGGAGAUGGCGCCCGUUGGCGAGAAGCCCGAGAAAGUCAAGGUAGCCAAACGCAGGAAGAGCUUCGUAGCGGGCCUGUUCGGGAGGCCGGGCAGCAAGAAGGAAAACGAGAAGCAGGUACCCGAAGUGCCUCAAGUGCCGGUCUGA